AUGCCUCUCAUCUACAUAAACAUUAUACUAGCAUUCACUAUCUCACUUCUAGGCAUACUAAUUUACCGCUCACAUCUAAUAUCCUCCCUACUAUGCUUAGAAGGGAUGAUACUAUCAUUAUUCAUCAUAGCCACCCUCAUAGCCUUAAACACACACUCCCUCCUAAUCAACAUUAUACCUAUCGUUCUAUUAGUCUUUGCUGCCUGCGAAGCAGCAGUAGGCCUAGCUUUACUAGUUUCAAUCUCCAAUACAUACGGCCUAGACCACAUCCACAACCUAAACCUACUCCAAUGUUAA